AGUGAAUAGCUACAUCAACAUUUAAUUAUAGAAUGGGACUAAAACUGAAGUAAGUAGUGAGCAAAUUCAUAAUAUGUAAAUUGUAGGGACCCAAACCAAUUUUAAACCUUAACAUUUAACAAAAUCUGAGUGAGCGAACCACUCAAUACUCAUCCAAACUCCACACCCAGCGUCAGCAACCUCCGCUUGGCCGCCCCUUCCUUCUUUUCAGUGUUACAAUGUUCUUUGUAAGAUUAAGGAGCUUUCACUCUUUUCCUAAUCUCUCUUUUCUUCGUAACUUUCACUCUCACUCUCAGCCCCAUUCAUUUCACAAUCCUGGUGAUGCUGUCUCCUUCUUCAAUCGCUUACUCCAAAUGCAUCCUACCCCACCCAUCUUCGAAUUCGGCAAGGUUUUAACUUUCCUCGUCAAGACGGAGCAUUACUCCACCGCUAUAUCCCUUUCUCGCCAAAUGGAAUCUAGUGGAAUUGCGCCAAACAUUGUUACUCUCAGCAUUUUGAUCAAUUGCUACUGCUACCUAGGUCAAAUUACUUCAGCCUUUUCUGUACUGGCCAACAUUCUCAAGAGAGGUUAUCAGCCUGAUACCACCACUUUGAAUACUCUCAUCAAAGGUCUCUGUCUUCACGGCAAGCUCCACAGAGCUCUGCAAUUUCAUGAUGACGUGCUGGCAAAGGGAUUUCUGUUGGAUCAAGUCAGUUACGGGACCUUGAUCAAUGGGCUAUGUAAAAUUGGGGAAACAAGAGCUGCUUUGGAGUUGCUUAGGCAGAUUCAAGGGCGAGGGAUUAAACCUAAUGUGGUAAUGUACAGCACCAUCAUUGAUAGCCUGUGUAAAGAUAAACUUGUAAGUCAUGCUUGCAAUUUAUUUUCUGAAAUGCUUGCCAAGGGAAUAUCUCCUAAUGUUGUCACGUACAGUGCUUUAAUAUAUGGCUUUUGCAUUGUUGGUCAAUUGAAACAAGCAAUUCGUUUGUUAGAUGAAAUGACUAUGAAAAACAUCGACCCAAAUAUUUAUACUUAUAAUAUAUUGGUCGAUGCUUUAGGUAAGGAAGGGAAGGUGAGAGAAGCUAAGAACAUGUUAGCUGUGAUGAUGAAACAGGGUGUGAAACCUAAUGUUGUUACUUAUAGUUCCUUGAUGGAUGGGUAUUGCCUAGUUAAUGAAGUAAGCAAGGCCAAAUAUAUAUUCUGCGAAAUGGCUCAACGAGGAGAGACUCCAGAUGUUCAUAGCUACAAUAUCAUAAUCAAUGGACUAUGUAAGAUUAAAAUGGUUGAUGAAGCCUUGAAUCUCCUUGCAGAAAUGGAUUACAAAAAGGUUGUUCCUGAUACAGUUACCUACAAUUCUCUUAUUAAUGGUUUAUGCAAAACAGAGAGAGUCUCUCAUGCUUGGGAGCUCAUGGAUGAGAUGCAUGUUAAAGGUCAACCAGCUAAUAUAAUCACUUAUAAUUCUUUAGUAGAUGCAUUAUGCAAAAGCCAUCACUUUGACAAGGCAAUUGCAUUAAUGAAGAAAAUCAAAGACCAGGGUAUUCAGCCAAAUUUAUGCACAUACAAUAUACUUAUGGAUGGACUAUGCAAAGCUGGAAGACUUAGGAAUGCGCAAGAGAUUUUUCAGGUUCUUGUGACUAAAGGCUAUCAUAUAGAUGCCGUUACUUAUAAUGUUAUGAUCAGUGGGCUUUGUAAAGAAGGCUUGUUUGAUGAAGCGUUGGCCUUACUGUCAAAAAUGGAAAAUGAGGGAUGUAUUCCAAAUGCUAUAACUUUUGAAACAAUUAUUCAUUCACUCUUUGAAAAAGGUGAAAAUGACAAGGCUGAGAAACUUCUUCGUGAAAUGAUUGCUAGAGGUCUACUGGAAAAAAUUUAGAUACACACGGAAAAGGAUGAUGGACUACACAAUGGGCUCACUUUCUCCAUAGCUAAAAGUCAUGUGUUCUUACUUGUUAGGUUCAUUUUGAUAUUUGAUAUUGUAACAAUAACAAUGAUUGAUUUGUUCAUUAUGAGUAUUGACAUAACUAUCCUUUUGGUAAGAGAAGCUUCGUUGCAGUGGUUGGAGUUGUUUUAGUGUGACUAGGAGGCCUCAUAUUCAAUAGAACCAAUCAAUCCCAAAUGCAAUGUAAGGAGGAUGCCUAUAUAGACGCACAAAUAACCAUCGUUGUUUUUUCUCAAUGUACUGUCAAUGUGCUUCAUCUACAAAGCUUAAAGAAGCAUCAUUACUUGAAACCAGACAUGAUUAAGUUGAUUUUAUUCCCCAAAUUGGAUAUUAGAAGUUAGAACUUGAUAUUUCUUUUGCAGUAUAUUUCUUGUAUAUAUUUUAUAGAAUGGGAACAGAAAAGUAAACAUGAAGUUUAUUGUUUUAGUAAUAGUGUCGACUGUUGUCCGAUGAAAAAAGUGCUGCCAUCAUCUGAUGUAAAUCCUGAUGCGGCUAUACCAGCUCAGCUCUCAUCUGGUGCAUAUAGAUUGUUCAUUCAAAUCACACAACUCAAUGGUAAAAUUAACUUAGGGUGAGGUUCUAAUUAAUUUAUUAUAUCCAUAAAAUACGUCAGAUAUCAGGUUUUCUUUAAGACCAAACCUGAUAUCGGACGGUAUCUGAAUCAUAAUUUCUAGCAUUGUGCUUUUUGUCCCUGUUAUUUUUUUACCUGUUUUAAACUUGCUAUUUUUUUACUAAGCUGCAUAACAGUAUAUCAGAAUCAAUGGCUGAAGCUUCCUUGCUUGAUGCUUCCACUAUACUUAUGCUAAUUAGCAAGUAAAUUUAAGUUCUUGAUUUGGAGGGCCGGCCGGCUUAUUAUUGCAUGGAUUGGCAGCAUUCGUUCUAAAAAAAGAAGGGUCUUACCGAGAAAUGCUCUUAAAUCUCUAGCCAUUGGUAACUAAUCCAAUGAUUACUAUUACAAUAUUUAUGUGCUCUGUUUCUUGUAUAAUGUAUUGUUUUGAAUUUCAAAAGCUCUGCUAUAAAGAUAGAUAUCUUAUAUUCGCUUCAUGCUUGCCUCAUGCUUUGGUAAUUAAUUCAACUGCUCUCUAUCAUAGAAUAGAACCAUUUUUGUUUGUAUAUAUGGAGCUUAAAUAUGAAGUUUUUCAUAUAUGGUGUUGGUCCUCAGUCAUUGUUAACUAAAAGAAACCCAUGUUUGGUUGAUUGAUUGGUGUUGGGGCCUCCUUUAUUUAUAGGUCACCUGUAAGUACCACAUUAGACUCUCUUUGUCUAUGAUGUAAAUUUGAAACUACUAGUUCAGUAAAUAAAAUUUUCUAGUAAUCGAAGUGUAAAAUGCAUGUGAAUUGGGCUGGAGUAUAUGCACUACUCUCAUCCUACUGACCUGGUAGAGGCAGUUAUGAUUUGGUUAGAUUACACAUGUUUGUAUAUAUAUGGAGCUUAAAUAUGAAGUUUAUCAUAUAAAUAUUGAACUCUGUUUGAUUCAGUAUUACAAUUCAUUCUCUCAAUCCCGUUUUUUUUUUUCUUAUUCUUUUGCUUUUCUUCAUUUACCCCUUACUCUGGAGUGAUUUCCAAUUUCCAUUAAUAAAGCUAAUUUUUAGUCAAUGAGAUAUAUGUGCAAGGGGAUACUUGAACUGGAACAUAGAUGAUUCACCAAAAGAAAUUCUUCUUGGUUGGUUUGAGAAUGAAGUUGAAAAUGGUGGUCUCUAUUAUGUGAGAGAUACUCUAUAUUUUCCUCCAGAUGCAGGUAAUAAUCAUUGGAAGCUUAAUUAUUAAAGUAGUUCUGUCUUGUUAAAUAUGCUAGAAGCUUGAAAAACGUCUUCAUAUUUUGGUCAGAUUUCAUUAUUUCAGACUAAAAUACGUGGUUGAACAAGUUUUCACUCAAGACUGGAUCACAAGCACUGAGUUUGGAACUAACAUUUUGUUUCAUGAAGUGUUGCUUUUCCUAAAAGAUAUUUGAUCAAUGGUUGAAACUUAAUUAUGAUCAUGUUGUGCAUUGAACCCUUGCGUGUUGAAAAAAGGGUCUAUUAUUGGUUGCCUUACCUUGCAUUUGCGAGAGGAUCAGUCCACAACUUGAACUUAUGAUCUCCUAGUAGUAGUCACAUGGCAGCAACUGGUCACAAGGUUGUAUAAGAAUUUCUCUAUGCCUCUGGUUGGUUGGAGAAUAUAUUAGCUGACCGAACUGAGUCUAAAGAAGAUUUCUCAAUUAUAUUGUUCCUUCCCUCCUAUGAUAAGGUUGCAAUUAAUAUUUGCAACAAAGGUCAUACUUUAUUAACUAAAUCUACUCCUUUCUGGCAUGACUUGCACUUCACUGUGAACAUUGUUGGGUUUUGUUCUUCUGUUCAAAUAAGUUGAAAGUUUGAUGAAUUUUUCAGGAUCUGGCCUAAAGGGACUUGCUCUCUUCUAAUGCAACCACUGUUACAAGUUUCUAUUGAUAGUGCUAUUGGCUUGCAAAAACCUUUGGGAGUUUUUCUGCUUUUAAUAUUUAAGACAGAGCCUGGCUUGCAGCUGUUGCAAGCACUUGAUAGUUAUUCUAAUUCCAAUUAAUGUUGCCAUAAUCUGUCUUACCUUGUUGUGUUGUUCAUCUCCAAUAUCUUUCCUUUACAUAAACACUAGUUGAUUCCACUAGCAGGUUAGCUUUGAUAGUUAAUUUGUCAUCAUAUUAAAAGCCUUAAUCUUGGGUCAUAUUCAGAAAGUUUUCUAAGGUACGUUGAUGAGCAUGUAAUGUUAAAACCAGAACAAAUUUUCUGAUAUAUAUACCCUAGUUGAUUUCUGAUAUAUAUACCCUAGUUGAUCUUUGGGACCAACACACCUACUUUCUCACAUUUCACUAAGCACUUAUUUUCCAUUGUCAUCGCUGCCAUGGCUUCCAAAACUCUACUCCACAUUACUUCAUUUGCAUUGGCAUUGCUUCUUGUGCUUGGAUUCUUAGCUUUUGAGGCCAAUGCUCGCACUCUCGAAGAUGCUUCAAUGCAUGAGAGGCAUCAGCAAUGGAUGACUCAGUAUGGAAAAGUUUACAAGGACUCUUACGAGAUGGAGUUGCGGUACCAGAUAUUCAAAGAAAAUGUGAAACGCAUCGAAGCCUUUAACAAUGCUGGAAACAAGUCUUACAAGCAAGGCAUCAACCAAUUUGCUGAUCUCACAAAUGAGGAAUUCAAAGCCAGAAACAGAUUCAAGGGUCACAUGUGCUCCAAUUCUACAAGGACACCAACAUUUAAGUAUGAACAUGUGACAUCCGUGCCAGCUUCAUUAGAUUGGAGGUAGAAAGGAGCUGUCACACCCAUUAAGGACCAAGGCCAAUGUGGAUGUUGCUGGGCAUUUUCUGCUGUGGCAGCAACAGAAGGUAUCACCAAGCUGAGUACUGGCAAAUUGAUCUCUUUAUCCGAGCAAGAGCUAGUUGAUUGUGACACAAAGGGUGUGGACCAAGGUUGUGAAGGGGGUCUAAUGGAUGAUGCCUUCAAAUUUAUAAUGCAAAACAAAGGACUCAACACAGAAGCCAAGUACCCAUACAAGGGUGUUGAUGCAACAUGCAAUGCAAAUGCAGAAGCCAAAGAUGCAGCCAGCAUUAAGGGGUUUGAGGAUGUCCCUGCCAACAGUGAGAGUGCACUGCUCAAAGCUGUUGCUAAUCAACCUAUUUCUGUGGCUAUUGAUGCUAGUGGAUCUGAGUUUCAAUUUUAUUCAAGUGGUGUCUUCACUGGAUCAUGUGGCACUGAAUUGGAUCAUGGUGUCACUGCUGUUGGGUAUGGAAGUGAUGGUGGAACCAAAUAUUGGUUGGUCAAGAAUUCAUGGGGAGAACAGUGGGGCGAACAAGGAUACAUUAGGAUGCAGAGAGAUGUUGCUGCUGAAGAAGGCUUGUGCGGCAUUGCAAUGCAGGCUUGUUACCCCACUGCAUAGUUGUUAAACUUUAAUACUAAACUAUGUGUAAUAGUAAUGGGUUUGUAUAGCUUACAAGAAAUUAUAGGUCCAAACCUUGUAUCACUAUUGUAUAUGUAAUUAUAUUUGUAUGUGUUUAAUAUCUAUACAAAAAGGUAACUUAUACUUUA